CCCAUCGGCCCAAGAUAAACAACACUGUUUAGAGCCGCGGCUAACGACAGCAGAAGGACUUGCUUCUAACUUACCAACCUUUACGAUGGCAAAGAAACCGGAGGACUUCGGAGAUUGAUGGCUGUGAUUAUGUAUAACAAAUCUAUUGCCACACUCCAUCCCUAGAUCUGGAUCGCUCUCUUCAGCCAUGUCAUCACGUGUGUUGCUGCGGCAGCAGCUGAUGCGAGAACAAGCCCAGGAGCAGGAGAGACGUGAAGCACAGCAACAGGCCUCAGCCUCUCAGCUCCGGGCCUCUGACACCACUCCAGCCAUCUCUGUCACACUGCCCCCAAAUGCUGCCCGCCCCCCUCCAGCACAGGUGCCUGUGGAGGUGCUUAAAGUGCAGACCCACUUGGAGAACCCCACCAAGUACCACAUCCAGCAGGCACAGAGGCAGCAGGUGAAACAGUACCUUUCCACCACUCUUGGCAACAAUGCAGUUACUCAGACCCUGGGUGUAUCCCCUGUGCAGCAGUCCAGUUCUGCCCCUGAAGUUGCUCCUUCUGCCAGCAGCGCCCCUAACAGUCCUAUGGCCCUACUUAACAUCGGAUCCAACAAGGAGGAAAUUGACGAUGUGAUCGACGACAUCAUAAGUCUUGAAUCCAGUUUUAAUGACGACAUCAUUACAUUGAUCGACUCAGGUCUUCAGUUGCCUAGCACGCUCCCAGGAAAUCUGUUGGAUGUAUACCAUAGCCCUGGAAUGGCAGCACCUACUCUCACUGUCAGCAACUCCUGCCCCGCUGAUCUUCCAAAAAUUAAAAGGGAAAUUACUGAUGCAGAUGCCAAAGCACUAAUGAAAGAAAGGCAGAAGAAAGACAACCAUAACCUCAUUGAGAGGAGGCGAAGAUUCAACAUCAAUGACCGAAUAAAGGAGCUUGGUACUCUGAUACCCAAGUCAAAUGACCCAUAUCACAAUGAUGUCAGCGAGAUGCGCUGGAAUAAAGGCACCAUACUCAAGGCUUCCGUGGACUACAUCAGGAAGUUACAGAAGGAGCAGCAGCGAGCCAAGGAUAUCGAUAUGCGUCAGAAAAAGCUGGAGCAAGCAAACCACAGUCUAAUGUUACGCAUCCAGGAACUGGAAAUGCAGGCACGACUCCACGGCCUCUCCACCUCCAGCAGCAUUGGACCUGGUCUGAGCUCUGAUCCUUCUCUGCUCCAUCAGCAGCAGGUUCAACAGAGCGGCCAUUCUCUGCCUGCCGGUGCAGCCUCCUCCCAAAACCUCCUCAGUAUAGGUGCAGCAGGCAUCGGACAGCCUUUGCCAGCCUCUUUCCUAUCCCCGCCUUCCUCAGACUCUCCUGCAGGAGUCACCAUCAGCAGCCCCCUGGACCUGGGCAGCCUGAGCUUUGCCGAGCUAGACCACACCUCCGCCUCAGCACUCUACCCUGACGUUGGCUUGGGAGACAUUCUUAUGGAUGACGGGUGCACCCUGUCCCCAGAGAGGAUGGCUGAGCCGCUUUUUUCACCUCUGUCACCAGGUGCCUCGAAAACCAGCAGUCGCAGAAGCAGCCUUGAAAUGGACGAGGAGUUGUGAUGAGCUGUGUGGCGGUCAGAGACUGUCUGUAGGGACAAGAAUGUCAAGAAGCACAGUCUACCCUUAAAUAACACAAGUCUAUUUAUAUGACUGUAGAAUUGAACUUAGAGGAGCAGAAAUAGCUAACAUUAAGAUCAAAACUAACAAAUGUUGGAAAAAGUAAGUUCUUGAUUUUUUUGCCAUACAGACGUAAUUAUUAUUGUUCCUGUUCGGAGCGGGUCAGAUGAUUAUGUCUGGGUUUCUAAAUGCAAUCUUAUUAAAAUGGAAUAUAUAUAAUAGGGGCAUGGACUUUGCAUUAAGAGAUAAUACAUUCUUAAAUAGUUUUUAAGAUUUUCUUCAGAGAUUUAAGAGGGAUAUAAAGUUUGCUUGAAUUUAUUAUGUGCUCAUUUAUAGGGAAGAAAGCUGUGAGGUUUGUUUUUCACAACAAGACUGGCAUGACAACUGAUUAAGAGAUGCCAACAUACAAUUUAUUUUAUUUUGCUUCUUUUUUCUUUUCUUUUUUUUUUAAACUGACUGGAAUCAGGGUUUGUUAAUGGCAGUCGCAUGCUCAUCCAUGUUGGGUUGUUUCACCAGCAGCUACAGAAGGGAUCUUUGUAAAGUGAAUUGGCACAUUGUGAAAUAUUUACUGCAUAUUGUAUAUAAGAAUAUUUUAUUUUGAGCAAUUUUAUUGCACCUUAUUUUAUGGCAGUCUAUGCAUUUUAUGAGAGCUUUUGUCUGUUUUUAUUACAUCACACACAGUGGACAGCUAAUGCCCAGGUUGCAUGUCUUUGUAAUAAUCCUUAAGAGCAAUGGAAAAUCACUUGCUGCUGCAGCUAGGUAGCCAAAGCAGGACUUCUUCCAGAGUAGCUACAGAUUACAAAUCAAAGUUUUAUUUUUUGAAUAUAUUCACUCAGUCAGUGGAAAUGCAAGACAGUAUGAGAAAUGCAGAACAAUUUUAUCUUUUUACAAUAGUACUGUAGAUCUUUACAUUUUAGGUUGUUUUUUUGAUACCUGAAUAAUAGUUUGAUAAGUAGUUUCUCAUGACUAAUAUCUGUGUUGUCAGUGAUUGUUUGUCUGUUAACCUCCAUGGUCACUGAGUGAUUUUACUGGUUAGCAUGUUCUACCAAGAUUGUGGCUUUUUUCUUCUUCUUUUUUUUUUGGAUGAUCAAAAGUGAUAUAUCUAAUUAUGCAUUAUUGCUCAUUGUAGUGUGAAUGCAGAGGGCUUUGACCUUCUUUUAAACCAACCACUAGCCUCACCUCUGUAACGAUAAGGUAUAAUUGUUUGUUGUGUGAAACCUGCAAUGCAAUUAUUAUUCUAUAAAAUAGCCACAGACUUUAGAAAGGCAUUUAAUUUGUCAGAUGCUUAACGCGACCUUAUGUACAGUUAAUGAAUGUGUGUUUGAAAAAGUACUUGCCUAAGUGUAGUUGUUUAUGUUUUUGGUUUUUUUUUUAACACAGACGCACUGUAUUUUUUUCUUCCUCCGACACAGCCUCCAAGUUAUUGAUAUACAUCAAUUUUAUACUCUUCAGCAGCUAAAAACAUCAGCACUGGUUUGGUGUUUUGAGGGUUACAGUGACUUUAAGAUGUCCUCUACUGGUCAUUCAGAACUUCCACACUUUAUUUUUGAGCUCUACUCCAGAGCUCAGUCCCUAUUCCUGUAAGAUUAAGUACCUAUGGUUAUCUUUUUCCACUCAUACUUAAUCCCUCUUCACAUUAUUAACCAUGUCUUACCUGGACAUAUAUUUGAGUGCUAACAUUGACUGUUUACCAUAAACAGGUAGCAUAUGUGUCUUGUCCCUACAAGUUGGCUUUCGAAAGAUUUUAACAAAUAAAUGAUUCCCAUUGGUUCA